AUGAUUGAUGCUUCAAGUGGUGGUGACAUAUUCAACAAGACCCCUCACGAGAUACAAUCACUUUUUGGUACCAUUUCUCAAAAUCAAAGAAACUUUGGGACUCGAAAUAACAUGAAGAGAAAUUCCCCUCAAGUGGUUGGUAAAGUUAGUAACACCCAAAACUUGGAAUCAAAGCUUUUGGAUUUGACUAAUGUGUUAAGUCAAAUGGUGGUGGGAAGUGGUCAACAAUUGAUGGUGUGUGCGACCAAGAACACAUUCUCCAACAGUCAAGCACAAAUUAGAGACUUGGCCACCGCUCUUAACAAGAUAGAACAAAGUGGUAAACUUCCAUCUCAAACCAAGAAGAACCCCAAUGUGAGUGCAAUCACCUUGAAAAGUGGGAAAACCCUUAGAGAAAACAACUCUAAAAGAGUUUCAAGAGAAGACGAAGAUGAGGUUAUUAUUGUUGAGCCUUCAAUGGUGGUAGUUUCUCCAAAAGAACCGGUUGUUCCUAACAUUGACCAACCCGAAUCUUCCAACAAGAUCAUCAAGCCAUUGGUCAUACCACCACCUUUUCCCUCCCGAUUAGCCCCCUCAAAGAAAAAGGAGGAAGGGAAGGAGUUUCUUGAGACUUUCCGUAAGGUCCAAAUCAACUUUCCACUAUUGGAUGCCAUCAAACAAAUUCCAAGCUAUGCCAAAUUUCUUAAGGAUUUGUGCACCAACAAGAGGAAAUUCAAGGCGAAUGAAAAGAUUCAAGUCAAUUCAAAUGUGUCCGCGGUUAUCCAAAAGAAGUUACCACCCAAAUGCAAGGACCUGGACAUGUUUUCUAUCCCUUGCAAUAUUGGUGAUUUGCAUGUUGAAAGUGUCAUGCUAGAUCAUGGAGCCUCAAUCAAUGUCAUGCCAUACUCGGUUUUCCAAUUUCUCAAUGUUGGACCUUUGGAAGAAACCGGAGUAAUCUUUCAAUUAGCGGACAAGUCAAGUGUAUUUCCAAGAGGCGUGUUGGAGGAUGUACUAGUGCAAGUUAAUCAACUAGUAUUUCCUGCGGACUUCUAUGUCAUUGACCUUGAAGAGAAGACUCCUUCAAAGUCAUCUAUGAUCAUUCAUGAAGACACGAUUAUUGAUGUCCAUAAUGGGAAGAUCACCAUGGAGUUUGAUGGAGAGACCAUUCACUUCAAUAUCUUUGAAGCAAUGAGGUACCCUAGCAACAUUUCUCUAUUGUAUCGGGUUGAUGUGAUUGAGUCAAUCACCUAA